AUGGUUGUGACAAUAAUGAAGACUUUGCUUGCUCUGCUGUCUUUAAUAACACUCAUUGGAUCAGUUAAGAUUGGAAUUUCAAAACCAGUGGUUAUAAGUGAAAACGUUACAACUGAAGGAACCACAAUGGAACCAACGACUACUUUAAAAAUGACCACUAUAUCUACUUCAGUCAGAACAACAACCAUCAAGAACAUUCCAACAACACAAUUAACAUCCAAAUCAAUCUCAAGCUCAACAUCGACGUCGACAACCACAACAACAUCAAUUCCACCAACUACAACAAUAAUGACACCGCCGAAUAAUGAUUCCCGGCUUAAUUCUAUUAGAAAAACAAACAAAGAUCGAUCGGGGUAUUUUUGUUCUUGCGAUUUAAGACCAUUUUUCUGUGAUAUAAAUUGUUGUUGUGACAUUGAUUGCAUAUCUGAGGAACUGAAUUCAUUUGAUUGUCAUAAUGAAGAUGAUCAUCUAGAAGAUUUUAAUUAUCUCCAAGGAUUGCCACCUUGUAGGAUUAAUGAAGGGUGGCUUUGUGUUUUCCGUACAAAUAUAGAUGUUUCUCGAAACAAGCACCAUAACUACUUUUUUGAGAAAUUGAUCUUCCAUGAAUGGCCCCAACUUUUAAGGGAAGACAACGGCCCAGGAAGGGAUCGAAGUUUCUAUAAAAUUGGAGAACCCUUAUUGCUUUAUAGUUUAGAGGUUGACGAAAUUCUCGAGUUUGAUCUUCCGUUUUCCCUAGUCGGCCAUCAUUGUCAAAUCAACGAGUCUGUUCGUCAUUUGAAGAAAAAACAAUCAUCUUGCCAGCUUUCACUGGAAAAAGCUAAAAGUUUAGAGACUGCGUUAUUUCAAAAACUUUGUACCUCAUUUCUCCUGCAGGGGCCUAAUACUCAAACACCAUUGGAUGGAAUUGUUAAAGAAACUUUUACCGAAUUAAUUCCAAUAACAAUUUUCUUUUGUUCCAAAGAAUAUGAUUGUGUUCCAGUAUCAAAUAAUGAUUCUAACAUCGAAUAUUUGGAUGACUCGGCUUAUAGCAAUUUGAUUCAAACGAAGUUAACUCACAAUCACACAAACUUAAUAAGCUGUGAAGUAUUUUUUGUUCAGUCCGAAGAAAAAUCAAGUGAAAUUUGGCUAAACUAUGAAGUUGAUUUUGUGCAUGUAAAUGAUAUCCAAGGAAAUUCUUUGAACGUAAGUGGCCCUUUGGGUUAUACUAUGGGUAGGCCACUAAUAAUUGGUCAAAAGGUCCUGUUCAACGAAUCAGCAGAAAAUGUAGACUCCAAUCGUAUUUUAAGUUACUUCCACACUAAUAGAACACAAAAAAUACAUAUUUUUGUACCCAGACGAAAUCGAGAACUUUGUGAAAGCAGCCAACUAACUUUGAACUUUGGGGAAAGUAUAUUAGUCCAAUGUUCUGUUCUUCUUGAUAACUCAACUGAAAUAACAAGGGAUUCUAAUUUUACGAACAUUUGUGCACAAUUACAAAUUCGAACCUUUAAUUUUUUUCAAGUCAAUGAAAUUCUAGAACUUCAAGAUGAAUACUUUAUUUCCAUAUUGGGAUACCCUGCAAACAAGACUGAUUACUGGACUAAAAUCGAGCUGAUGAGCUACGAGCACUUGCCAGUGAUCGGUUACUAUUUGGACAAGGACAAAUCAUUUAUUUGUGAGAAUAUGAUUCUUGGAGUGAAAUAUGAAUUUUUAAUCGUUAAAGAAGACGUGAACGGGGUCAGACAUCAAAAUCUUUUGAAUCGAGCAACAAUUGAAAUGGAAAAGAGACAUGAUCUAAAAUUUCAAUUGGAUGAGAUAGUGUCGAUUCCGAUUACGUUUUCAACUGUGUUCCAUGAUCUUCAAGUAGUAAACAAGGCUAUAAGAUGGACAGCUUUCGGAAUUGUUUUCUUAAUAAGCCUUAUAGUUUCAUAUAUUUAAUUAACAUGUAGAAAUAAUAAACAAUAAAACUCAAUCACAACUAAAUCUUA